CGUGGCUUCCGCGCUGACGCAGAGACGUUGGACAGGAACAAUAAUGGCUCUCGCCGUCCUCUGCAUGCCAGUGUUGCAGUGGUGGUAAUGUUUGAAUAUUUUAAGGACUAACAAUGCCCGCACAGAGCCUGCCGGUCCGGGAUGGGUCCUUUCAUUUCCGCCUGCUGCAGCAGUAUUUGAUCCUGCUGAAGAAUUACCCGAUCCUCACUAAAUCUGUCACCAGUGGGAUCCUGUCAGCUUUAGGAAAUCUACUUUCACAGUAUUCAGAAGCCAGAAAAAAGGCCAAAAGUGGAAACCCAGUCAACGAGAUUGAGGUGGCCGGAGCUGCACGAUAUGCCAUCUUCGGACUGAUCAUCACGGGGCCAGUGAGCCAUUUCUUUUACCAGCUGAUGGAGGUGUGGAUGCCAACCACCGACCCGCUCUGUAUAGUCAAACGAUUGCUGCUGGAUCGACUCGUCUUUGCUCCAGGCUUCCUGCUCAUUUUCUACGUUGCCAUUAACAUCCUGGAGGCUAAAGGUUGGGAUGAUUUUGAGAGGAAGAUGAGAAAGAGUUACUGGACAGCUCUAAAGAUGAACUGGAAAGUCUGGACUCCCUUCACAUUCAUAAAUAUUAACUUUGUGCCUGUUCAGUUUCGAGUGCUGUUUGCCAACAUGAUCGCCUUAUUCUGGUAUGCCUACCUUGCCACUGUGAGGAAAUGAGGCUUGUUUUCACUGAAGACUGAGAAGACUGCAGCCAACGCCCUUAUGUGGCUAUUUUACAUAAAGUCGCUCUUCUGAUAAUACGUUUAAAUACACUGCUUUAAAACUCUGAAAUCAAAACAAUGAAAGUAUUUUUUUACGUUCCACUUACAGGGACCUACCUUUAUAGAACAACUUGACGAAGUGGAAAAACUUUUUUUUUUUUUUUUUACAGAAGCAGAACAAAGUGAAAUUGUUUUAUGAGCCUAACAUACAGAACUGAGAAAAAUAGCAGAAAUAAAACACUACAGAGA